UCUGCUUUUUUACUUAUACUUCAUAAUGAGCAUUUCUGAAGAAGUGUGUGGUUUUUGUCCUUCACAAUGCACUUGUGUUUACCAUGGCAGAAGUGAUGGUACUGGAACCAGGUCUGUGCUCUGUAAUGACCCCGACAUGUUUGAGAUCCCUGUGAAUGUUCCUGUGGAUACUGUAAAACUUCGUAUAGAAAAAACUGUCAUACGAAGGAUUCCCACUGAAGCCUUUUACUAUCUAGUAGACCUCAAAUAUCUGUGGGUAACUUACAACUGUGUAGCCAACAUUGAUAUCAGCAGCUUCUACAACCUGAAACAACUGCACGAGCUCAGGCUGGAUGGUAAUCUGAUCUCAACUUUCCCUUGGGAGUCAUUGGCAGAAAUGCCCAACUUGAGGACUCUCGAUUUACAUAACAAUAAGGUGACCAGCAUUCCAGCUGAGGCUGGCAGGUACCUGAAGAACCUCACCUACCUGGACAUCUCCAGCAACAAGCUCACCACCUUGCCCUCAGACCUGAUGGACAUUUGGCCACCCUUCUCAGAAGCUGUCCCUCCCAAGAGCACGGACAUUCUGGCAACUCAGAGAGUCAUUUUGGGUUUGCAGGACAACCCAUGGUUUUGUGACUGUCGCAUUUCGAAGUUAAUUGAAUUUUCCAAAAUUGUGGACAACUCGAUUGUACUUCUUGACCCACUGGUUACAUGUAGUGGACCGGAGAGCUUGGCAGGGAUCUUGUUCCAGAAAGCGGAGUUAGAACAGUGUCUUAAGCCAUCUGUGAUGACAUCAGCAACCAAAAUCACUUCCCCGCUAGGAAGCAAUGUUCUACUACGCUGUGAUGCAACUGGAUACCCAACACCACAGCUUACUUGGACUAGGUCAGACAAUAUACCAGUGAACUAUACAGUAAUUCAAGAAACACCUGGAGAAGGUGUCAGAUGGUCCAUAUUAAGCUUGACAGGGAUUUCGUACAAGGAUGCAGGUGAAUACAGAUGUAAAGCAAAGAAUUUGGCAGGAAUGUCAGAAGCUGCUGUUACUGUCACAGUGGUUGGUGUUGUUACUACAACUGUGUUGCCACAGAAGUAUGGAAGGAAGCAGGAGGCUGAGAGACAGAAUACCACACUGGAGGAAUCCAGGAGGGAACCUCAGAGAACAACCACACCUCUUUUCACCACAUCAACCACCACAGUACAGGUUACCACUGAAAGAUCAACAAAUGCCAGGGUUACUGACAAGAAGCAAUCCAGGUCCAUGGCUGAUGGAAAGAAAAAUUCAAAGCCAGUGACGAAUGGAAGCAAAAAGCAGACUGAGGAUGCAAGGAAGAAAGAUGACAAGGCAAAGGAGGCUGAGGAGAUGAGCAAGAAAGGUGAGGAGACUUCACUUAAGGCAGCAGCAGCUACAGCUGAGCAAAAUGUUACUGUGAUGGACCUAAGGGUGAUCACUGAAACAGAUGAAAGAGUGACCUUGACUUGGAAAACUAUCAAUGCCUCAAGCAGUGCUGCAGUGACUGUGUUAUAUUCAAAGUACGGAGAUGAAGAGAUGUUGCCUCUGAGCACGGAUUCUAGCAAAAACAAAGUCACAAUUGAUGGUUUGCAACCUAGUACUCAGUACAUGGCAUGUGUAUCACCCAAAGGAGUGCCACCUACAAAAGAGCAAUGCGUUAUUUUCACUACUGACAUGUUAAAUGAUGAAAGCAACUCUCAGUUUUCUAUUCUGAUAAUGGGCAGCAGUGCAGCAUGCGUAGUUGUUUUACCUUUGAUAAUUUUCUUACUCUAUAAAGUUUUAAAACUUCAUGUGAAACCCAAAUCUCCUAAGGAAGCUGACCUUGCAAAAGAGACUUAUGUGAAAUUUGAAACACUCUCUCUCAAGCCUCGAACAGUGAACACAGGAGGAGAACUCUGGGCAAGAAGGUAUACAGAUGAGUCAGAAAGACUUCUCCUUUGUUCUAGGUCAAGUAUGGAUUCUCAAAUGACCUUCAAAAGUGAAGGCUCUAGGUCUGAAUACCUCUGUUGAACAUGGGUGUGGAUGGAGGAGAUGGAAUACACAGUGGGUAAAAUUAUCCAUAGUGAUGAUACCGCACUGGGAAGCAGGUUAGUGUCAGGUGGUGGUCAGAAUAUAUCAUCUGAUGUCAUGGACCCAACCAGAUGGGUGGAGUGAUGGAUA